AUGUUUUGCUGUAGCAGAUUUCCAACCAAAGCAUCGAAUUGUAGUAAAAGCAGUAGCACGACGGCUAAAUCCCAUGGGCCGUACCAUCAACCGUACUCGUUGUUGGACAUAACCGCUCGGAUUGUUGCACAAAAUGAGCCAUUCCAGAAGAUCGAAGAACGGUACGACCGCAUACCAGAGCCUGUUCAGCGGCGUAUCGUGUUCUGGUCCUUUCCACGCAAUGAAAAGGACAUUUGUAUGUACAGUUCCUUAUCGAGGGUUUCAACAAUUAAUUCGGUGGAAUCGCAAAGUCUUAGUUUUUGCACUGGACUUAAGCUGGUUGAAACCGGUUGCGUGGAGAGUGUCCUUCAGGUCGGCUUCCAUCUGAGUGGAAUCGUGUGGUCACAUCCACCAAGUCCAAAUGAACGACAUAUUAAUGGCAAUAACAACGCCAACAGCAGUCUAGUAUCGUCUUCCGGAAACCGCAAUAAUGAAGCCAGCUUCCCAGUACCGACGGCAAAUCCAAAUCACUACAACAACAAUUACCAUCAUAAUCAUAACCAUCAUCAGCAACAACAACAGCAACACCAUCAUCAUCAUGCUCACCACAAUCCUCAUCAACAUCAUCAUCACCAGCAGCAGCACCAACAACAGCAGAUUCCACACAAUCAUCACGCCCAACCGCCGCCUCCAGCGCUAUCGCCACCACCUCCUCCACCGAUUGGUCGUCCGAUUGUGGGACAACCACAGGGAGGCUUGGUGGUAGCGGCCGCAGGAGCAGCAGCGAAUGGAGUGCCGCAACCUCAGCCCGGGGCACAUUUAGCUGUUGUUGCACCGCACCCGAUGGGACAUGGAAUGGGACAACAGUUACCUCUCGUUGUGCAACAGUAUGGCAAUGGUGCUGCCAAUUUGGAUCAUCGAGAUGCGUUUAAUAUUUCUCUGGCAGGUCAAGGUCAAGGUGCAGGUUGUAAUGUUGGGUUCGAUGAGAACAAAAAGUUCAAAGUUUCCGUUAGCUUCGAUCGAUGUAAGAUAACGUCCGUAACUUGCAGCUGCGAUACAAAGGACAUAUUCUGGUGUCAUCACGUCGUAGCUCUCGCGCUCUAUCGUAUACGAAAUGCGGACACGGUAAAGUUGCGCGUACCGAUUUCAGAGACACUACUGCAGAUGAACCGACAGCAGUUGCAAAAGUUUAUUCAAUACUUGAUAGCAGAACAUCACACGGAGGUUCUACCGACGGCUCAGCGGUUGGCGGACGAAAUACUCCAGCAGCGAUCGGAGAUCAAUUCGAUAUGCGGUGCACCAGAUCCGACCGCCGGUGCUUCUAAGGAUGAUGAUCACUCGUGGCAUUUGGAUGAGACGCAGGUUUGUGAAGCAGUGAAAACCUACCUUGGCCAGGGUAGCUACUAUUAUAGCAGCAAACACCUCAACUCAUUGUUUGGAAAGGUGCGCGAGAUGUUACGAGCGCAAGACUCAAACGGGGCUCGAAUGCUAACGCUCAUCACGGAGCAGUUUCUAAGUGAUCCGAGGUUGGUGUUGUGGAAGAAUCACGGUACACCUAUGACGGAAAAGUGUCGACAGCUUUGGGAUCAGUUGGGUGCGCUUUGGGUAUGCAUCGUACUGAAUCCGAAAUCGACACACACCGAACGACUACACUGGAAGGCUCUUCUAGAAAAGUGGUCCAAAAAUGAAGUGUGUCCUCAGGAAGAUCCUGAUCUUCGCACUACACCAUCGAGUCGAGAAAGCGUUCGUGAUCGUUCGAAUCGCGAAAGGGAACGCGAUAGGAAUCGUUUUUUUCGUGAAAAUAAUCUCCGCAACAUGAUGUAUUAUAACCAUCAUCAUCACUACCAGCAGCAGCAGCAGCAGCACCAGCAGCAUCAGUUACAAAAUAAUAAUCAGCCGCAUGAUGCCGGAGUUCAUAAUAUGCAUCGCAAUCAUGCCCACAUUCACCAUCGUUAUGGGGCGAUGAAUAACCGUGGUAGUGGCGGUGUAGCGGAUGGCAAUCGGGAUGCGAAUCAUCAUGGCAAUGAUCAUUACGAUAGUUCCGAGACUGACUCAGACUCUGAAGAGGAGGUAGACGAAGCGAAUGAGGAAGAAGGUGAAGAGGGUGUCGAUAAUGGGGUAGAAGAGGACGGUAAUGGUAACGACGACGACGGUGGUGUACAUGAAGUAGAAGAUCCACACGGCGAUCGGCGAGGCAUAAACCACUCGCUCGAAGAUGUCGAUCAGGUGCACAAUAUUCUUCAGGACAUAAACUUUUCCGAUGGGACUGGAGUAGUGGGUGAUGUUCGUCGAAAAAGACCUAACCGGGACGAAGAGAAUAGCGAAGUACGUAAUUUUAUGAACCUUAACUUACUGAACGUUGCUGAAGACGAUAGGUUACCGGUAAUGAUACCAGAAAAUGAUGAUAGCUCGCGAGAAUCGAUGGACGUUGACGGAAUUGAAGAUACAUCUGGUCAAGUCGUCGGUGGCGUGGUGCUUGGUACAAAUGGUUCCGGUGGUCCCAAAGUGAACAGAACGGUAGGAUUCUUCCAGAACCCGUGUAUCUGCGGAGAAGAUAAGUGUGAAUGCAAUCGCCCAGUGUUUUUGGACGAUAUUAAACCUAAGAAAUUUUUCGACUGUGUUGCUGCUUCGGCGGCUGCGGUAUCCGUCGGAGCCACACCAAGUUUCGAUGAGACCGAAGAAGCAAAUCAAGAUGGUAUCGAUCUUUCUAAGGAUGAGGAAGACGAUUCAAGCCUUGUGGCCGGUCGCGCAAACCAGAUGAACGAAACUAGAACAGUGAAAGUUACCGCGAGGGAUGAAGGGAUCGAUGGUAUCCCAGAAUCGGCAAUAUCCUCCUCUUCGUCCUCUAGUUCCUCGACGUUGCUGAUAGAUGGACUGCGCAAUAAUCAGAAAAUUCAUGAGACGAAUUUCGUAACGCCUGGGCCCUCGGCAUUGAAUCGUACCCUUCACGAUCCGACAGACAAGAAGGCGGUUGUUGAUGACGAUUGCGAUGAGUGUGAUAAAAGUAAAGGGAAAUCAGUGUGUGAUAAGAUGGUCUUGGGUGAUGAUUAUGCAUUGGCUGGACCGAGUGGAAUGGCACGUACAAUUCAUAAUGAAAUGAAGGAUGACAAGGUAUUUCUAGCUAAAGAUGAUAUUGGAGGAAAUGAAGCGAGGGAAAUAGAUGCUGCGUUGCUUGAUUCAGAGGCUGGAACUAGUUCAAGACGCGUUAGCAUGGAAGACGAACCAGUUGCUCUGGUGAAUGGUUUAGAAUCGGAAUCUACUGCAGCACCACCAGAAGUAGCAGAAGCCGGUAGUCGAGUGAAACCCGUGAACGUGGGUGACGGAAACCAUGGACCUGUUGCGGGAAGACCGUGCAAGCGGUUAAAGCUGAACAAUGGUUCGUGGGUUAGCAAAAGUGCGAACAAGACACCAAGAACGAUCUUUCAUAAAGCGCUCGACGCCGUCAGCAUGACAUGGGACAAUGAGCAUCUCAAGCGCAUUCUCGAGUCGGAUAGCUACCGUUUGUCGAGCCGCAAUUCGGUGCAAAUCGCUGGUUCUAGUAAAAUACCUACCACGAACCAUCCAAGUGCUAAGUCCAACUUCAACAAUGACGGCCAGCCCCUAUGGCAUGAGAAGAUAUCAAUGACUGCAGCUCGUAUCGAUUCUUUGCGUUCCCAUGGCCACAUGGAAGCCGCCUUAAGACUUUCAGUGAGUGUGGUUCGGACAAUGCGUGAAAUUCAACGAGAAGCUCAAGCACUUUGGCUGCGUAACAAGCCUAAAAUUCCUCAACAGCAACAACUGCCACAAACACACCAAGAAACUGGUUCCACCAGUUCACAGACGCAGCGUUGUAAUUGCUCGCUUCUAUCGAAACCGUUGCUUGCAUUUAAUGAGCAGCAGUCAGGAUGUGGAAAGGAGUCAGUAAGUGGCAGUAGCAAAGGUGCUAGCCACAGUAUUCCCAUCAACUUCCUACCAACACUGCCUUCUUCUUCAGUGGGCGGUGCGCUAAAUUCUGCCACGUUGCAGCAGCAGCAGCAGCCAAUAUUUCAUCAACGCCCUCAACAACAACAUCUUCACAACCAGCCGCCACAACCGUCGACCUCUUCAGGUAUAAGACCAGGUUGUCAGUGUCAAACUCACCGCCAUACACCGAUGUUUACUCCUGCACUUCCCCCACCACCUCCCCCAACAUCUGCAAUGUUGCCAGAUCAUAUGCCAGUACCGAUGAAGAAAGAUUGUUCUAAGUGUUUACAAAUCAAAUGCUACUAUGAAUCGGUUGGCUCUAAUUCCUCAAAGCAUAAUGCUGGAUCUGUGCAAGCCGUAAUAGUAGGUUGCAGUAGCACUGGAGUACUCAAUGGACAUCAUGGACAACAAAAUCAAACACUGCCGCCACCAUUGCAUGGAGGAGGCGUGCAACGUAUUCAUCGUUCGACUGGAAUUAUUUGUAACUCGUCAAAAUGUAACGCAUACGUUACCAUGCCGCUUCCACAAACAUCGGAAGUGUACCGCAAAAUGCAACAUUGCUCAUCGCAGCCUGGAAGCAGCCACCAGCAGGCACCACCACAUUCUAGUCGUGAUUUCCGAUAUGUGAAAUUUUCGGGUGCACCUCCCCCCUCGCAUCACCAUCACAAUCAUAAUCAACAACAGGGGCCGCAAAUGAUUGUUCCAGUAAGCGUUCGUCAUUCCCAUCCGCCGACGAGCGGAGCACAACCAAUACCGUCAAUAUCUCGUAAUCCAUCGAGUACGGUUACAGGUUGCAAGUCCUCAACUAGCACUACCACAACUGUAGCCGCUUCUGCUUCUGGUGGUUCUUCGACAUCGGUUAUACAUAUAUCUUCUACUAGUUCAGGACCAUCAACAUCCUCCUCUGCGUUGUCGGUGUCUUCCAGUAGCUCCUCUUCGUCGUCUUCGUUAGCUACAUCAUCGUCGUCUUCUGCCGUAUCCUUUCAAACAAAGUGUAAUUGUCCUAUACACAAAGACGACGCUUUACAACAAAUUCCCGUCGCCCCCGUGUACCAUUCGCUGGAAGCAAGACCGAUGGGCACCAGUGUAUCAUGCUGUAUAAAACCAAUCUGUUGCUCUCUAGCAAUGCCCCAUCCUUCGCACCAUAACUUCGCACCGCAACCCCGCCCGCCAUCUCCGUGCAGUGGUCUUUCACAGGCUUUCCAAGUGGCUGCACUGGGAACGUGUAAUGGAUGCUCAAAGCACAGUUCGUCGUCGACAACCAUGUUCAGCUUAGGAUUUUAUGCAAAUGGCGUCGGAUCGUCCAGCUCAUCAUCCUCUUCUACAGUCCAGCCAGCGUCAGUUCACCAGCAACAACAAACACUCCCACCUGUUACACCUGGUUCGUCUUCAAAAUCUUUUGAUCAGUCCAUGGCUCCUUCGUUCAGUGGUAACGAUUGCGAUUCGUUAGGACAUCUGAGUGGACAUCAUCACAGAGACGACUGUCCUUUGACGCAAGCCAAAGGAAAACCGCAUUCUUUUAGUAACAACGCUAGUGAUGGCAAUAGCAACGGUAGCUCCACACACAAUCGUACUGCAUCGAAUGAUGGCACUGCCACGACGGGUUGUCUGACGGUUUUGUUGGAUCCUAUUAAGAUAAAUCGAAAGACAAACUGUCUUGCAAAGUGCAUAGACUGUAGCGUUGGAUGUGAAGUGGAAUUCCCACUCGAUGCGAUCGCAUGCAUUUUUGACUGUCUAACAGAGGCAUCUCUAAUGUCCGAGGCGAUGACGGUGCAGAUGAACGAGGUAAACCGCAUGGCGUUCGACGCUGGAGGCGGAGCUGCUGGAAUCGCAGGGGGAGGAAAUGGUAAUUUAGCUGCACCUGAAGACAUCAACAUAAUAACACCAAAGUAUCGCCACCUUCCGAUAGCAGAUUCUGUUGAUCGUAAUGAAACCUAUCUCACGCUUGCCUUUGAGGCAGCCAUUCUAGCGCUUAGCAAACAGCGCAUCAUGCCGCACGGUCUUUAUGCGCAACAUGUGAUCUGCAAGCAGCAAGAUCAGCUGAUCCAACGGUUGCGUAGUAUUGAUUUGGAUGCUGUGCUAGUCGGUGUAUUGCGCAAGCUCAGUCUACAGCUGCUUGAUGCAGGCCCGACCAGUGGACUCGGUGAAAUGAUACACCCAGAGUCAGUGCCUAUGCAUACUUUAGCACGAUUUCUUUUUGCUUCGUUGCUAAAUCAACAUUCGGACCUAGCGUUUGACAUUGGUCUACGGGCAAUGCGCUUUCCGAUACUAGAAAACAUUAACGAAGGAUCGGUGAAUGGAAUUGAGCUUCAGCACAACAACUUUAUGCAUUCUCCUUACCCGCGCUGGUGGACAUUAGGUCAUCUUGAAACACAGCAAUGCUCCCUUAGUUCGACGAUGCUUAGUGCCGCGAAAGGUGAUACAAAACGACUAUCGGCUGUGUUGCAAAAUGCACGUCGCAACAUUCAUAGCAGCUCCCAUCUGUUCAAGCUUGCCCAGGAUGCAUUUCGCUUUGCUACUCCAGAUAACGGCCAGCGAAGCCAAACACUGCUGGGGGUGGCCUUCGAGUUGGGUCUCCAGGUUAUGCGCAUGACUCUCACCUGCCUUAAUUGGCGACGUCGUGAAAUGGUUCGAUGGUUGGUGACUUGUGCUUCGCACGUCGGUAUCGACGCCCUUAUUUCGAUUAUGCAAAAUUGGUACCAUUUGUUUACGCCAACGGAAGCGACCGGCCCGGUUGCGACCACGAUCAUGUCACAUUCUACAAUCAUGAGACUGAAUCUCAAUUUCCGUCAGCAAGACGAUCUCUCAAAUUGUGCACGAACGCUAGCUUUACAGUGCGCAACAAAAGAUCCGCCAAACUGUGCGCUGAAUGCUCUGACGUUAUGCGAAAACGAUGCAAUGGCCUUUGAAACGGCUUAUCAUAUUGUCAUCGAUGCAGCCACUCACAUUAUGACAUCUAGUCAGCUCUUUACCAUCGCAAGAUAUAUGGAACAUCGUGGAUAUCCUGCACGGGCUUACAAUUUGGCAAUGUUAGCUAUGAAGAACGUGCAACUAGCAUACAACCAGGAUACGCACCCGGCUAUUAAUGAUAUCCAUUGGGCCUGUGCGUUGUCCCAUUCGCUCGGAAAAGCGGAAUUAUCUAAAAUGAUUCCGUUAGUGAUUAAAAACGUACAAUGCGCCACUGUGCUAUCGGACAUCUUGCGAAGAUGUAGUGUUCCUACACCCGGUUUGCACAACUUCGGGGCUCAUGGUCGCGGAAAUAAUUUGAGACAGUGUAUCAAGCUUAGUUACGAUCGAGAACCACUUAAUCAAUUGCUGGAAGCAGCCGUUUCCGCUUAUGUGAAUACCACUCACUCACGGUUGUCACACAUCUCACCGCGCCAUUACAGUGAUUUUAUUGAUUUCCUUAGCAAAGCUCGCGACACCUUCAUGUUGGCCCGCGAUGGACCAGCCCACUUUUCUCGUUUGAUUGAAAACAUAACGAUUGCAUACAAAGGCAAGAAAAAGCUCGUGCGACAGGUUCGACAACGUUUCCAGUUCGUUUAA